CAGUGUUCAGUUUUGAUUUCUUAAAAUUAAGGGUGUGAGUUCUCUUCUCUAAUGGCUGCUCUAGCUUUUGUGAGAUUAUAAUUUGUGAGUAACUUGGUGUGAUUAGAUAAUCUUGUCUGGGUAUUUAGGAAUGCAUUUAUUGUGUUUUUUUUUUGUUGCAGUGAACAAAUUUAUGGGUCUUGACCAAAUUUGCUAGAUGCAGCAAAUAAAACUUGUAAUUAACAUACUGAAUUACAUUCAUAAUAUUGGGUAAUUCUCAUAAGAUCUUUUUUUUUAAGUAAACCAUAUCCAACAAUUAUGAGAAGAAGAAAAAAUCUAAAAUGAAGAGAAAGUAAUGAAAAGUUGUUCCGAGUCCUGAGUCCCUGAUUAAAUACUCAUCAUCUUUUGUUUGAAGUAGCAGCCGACCACACCACCAUCACACCAUUACAGUCCAUUUGCUCUCAAUCUGCAACAUCUGAGAUGGAUGCGAAGAAUGUAGACAUUGACGAUCAUGCUUCUUGGCCUGAGGCUAUUGAAUCACAUUAUAUUGGUCUUUUGUAUGAAGAGGCUAAAAAAGGAUUACAAACAACAACCUUGGACAAAAAAGGAUGGCUAAAAAUAGAAAAUGACAUAUUUAAUUCUUUUGGAAAGAGAUAUAAAACGCCUCAAUUGAAAUCCAAUUUCAAUCGGUUGAGAAAGGCACAUCGAGAAUUUUCUCAUCUUUUGGAACAAACUGGUAUGGGAUGGGAUACUCAAACAAAAACUGUUACAGCAAGUGAUGAAGUAUGGGACACUUAUCUAAAGAAAUAUCCAAAUGCUAAGAGAUUUCGAAAAAAAGGAUUGCAACAUUAUGAGAUGCUUGGAGAAAUAUUCAAUAAUACAACAGCCACUGGUGGUAUGAGUUAUGCAUCCACUCAACUUCCGCCUUCUUCAGUUGAGGAACGCCAACAAGAGCGUCAUUUUGUUGGCACUGGAGCACAUGUUGAUAUUGAUCUUGAAUUUGAUGGUGAUAAUUAUGGAGAGGAAGAAGAAGUUACUGGUGUAUGUCGUCGAGCUACUUCUGCUCCACCAGAUGCACCAAAACCAAAAGAGAAAAAGAACAAAGGGGCUAAUUCUGCCUUCGACCAAGUGAUGGGAGAACUUGCAAAAAGUAUUUCUGCUAAGACUGAGGCAUCAUUAACACAGAGUGAGACUAUGCGUAAGUAUUAUGAAUCGAGAGAAAAAAGAAUUAGUGAGGAAACCAGCAAUGUCACUAAUUCUUACAAUGUGGAAGAUUGUCAAAGCAUUCUUGAUGGUAUUCCAGAUCUGGAUAACAAAAUAUACCUCAAAGCGUUGCAUGAGUUUGUAGCAACCCCAGAAUGGCACGGAAUAUUCAUGAGAAUGAAUGAGGAGCGUCGACGUGCUUAUCUUGAUUCAUUGUUGGAGUGAUUUAAUAUUGUUUAUUUAUUAUGACUUUGUCUGUUAUGAACUACCAAACCAUGAACUUUGUCUGUUAUGACUUUAUCUUAGAUAAUGUGUAAUGAACUUGACUUGGUGUUUA